AUGUCUCCCACUCCUUCAAUCGCUGUCCAAGAGAUGACGCAAAGUGACGAGCACAGUCAGGACCCGUCCGCAGCCUCCUCUGUGCCUCUGCUACCAUCACCACUACCAGUACCACAGCGCGAGUCGACGUCUCUCCUCCAGCAGCGUCGUCCGUCCGUGGCUCUGCCUCGUCAAGUGCGCGAGUGCCUCAUCCAGCGCAUCCUCGUGACAGGCGGGGCAGGAUUCAUUGGCAUCCACUUGUGCCGCAAGCUCCUGGAGCAAGGCCACGAGGUCAUUUGCCUCGACAAUUUCUUCACGAGUCAGCGCGCCAACGUGCUGGAGCUGCAGACUCGGUACGCGAACUUUGAGUUUGUGCGUCACGACGUCACGGAGCCGUACGCCUGUGAAGUGGACGCUAUUUACAACCUCGCGUGCCCCGCGUCGCCUGUGCAUUACCAGUACAACCCCAUUAAGACGACGAAAGUGUCGUUUCUCGGGGCACUGAAUGUCUUGGGACUUGCCAAGCGCGUCAAAGCGCGGGUGUUUCAAGCUUCGACGAGUGAAGUGUACGGGGAUCCGGAGCAAUCGCCUCAAGUGGAGUCGUACUUGGGCAACGUCGAUUGCACGGGCGUUCGCGCGUGCUAUGAUGAAGGCAAGCGCGUGGCCGAGACGCUCUUUUUCGAGUACCACCGCACUCUGGGUGUGGAUAUUCGGGUGGCCCGCAUCUUUAACACGUACGGCCCGGGCAUGCACCCGUAUGAUGGACGCGUGGUGAGCAACUUUAUCAUGCAAGCUCUGCAGGGCGAGGACAUAACGGUCUACGGCUCGGGCGACCAAACGCGCUCGUUCUGCUUUGUGGAUGAUCUGGUGGAAGCUAUCGUGCGUUUUAUGGACUGCACGACGUGUGUGGGGCCAAUGAACUUGGGUAACCCGCAUGAGAUGACUAUCCGCGAACUCGCUGCAGUCAUCAUCCGCCUGACAAAUUCUAAAAGCCGCUUGGUGUUUCGCGAUCUGCCCAACAACGACCCCAAGCUGCGCAAACCUGACAUCACUCUUGCCAAAACGCACUUGGAUUGGAGCCCUAGCGUGUGCGUUGAAGAUGGGCUUAUGCGGACGAUUGCAUACUUCCGGGACUUGGACUUAUCCAAGUACAAGCGACCAACGAAUAACACAGCGCACCGAAAGAGCGAGAUUGCGAAUCGGGCUAAACAAGGUCGUCAGUAG